AUGUCGCUCUAUCAUGAAACGGCGUCCAUUCUGACCAGUCCAUCAACACACGGCGGAAGUCUAAAGUCCAGGAUCUACGGCAACAAAGAUCUCAAAUCACCACCGGCUCAGGUCUAUGCUCUGGCUUUCGAGUCAAGCAAGUGGAGCGCCGUCCUGAAGGAGGUGGUUGAGAACUCUCAGCUGCUGCAGACCGAGCGGAAGCUCACGCCAGCGCUCUCCAUCCUCCUCGUCCAUGACUUUCUGCUUGCCAAGAAGGGCAUUGCCCUGCCUGCUUCGCAUGGCCUACGAAUGGCGGUUGAGAAGCAUAAAGCCAGGAUACAGUCCGAAUUCUCCAGAGCCAGGAUACGGCGGAAGUGUCCCACGGUAGAGGCGCUCAGAGCCAUGGUCGACGCGCAGCUGGGCCCGCCUCACCCGCGCUGGGUCAGGGUGAACACGCUCAAGAGCACCAUCGACGAGCAGCUCGAGACAACGUUCAGGGGAUUCGAGAUGGUGGCAACCGUCGAAGAGGUCAUGGCCGCCGGUGCCACGGGGAAAAGGGUGAUUUGCCUGGACGGGCAUAUCCCCAACCUGAUAGCCGCCUCCCCCGGGACAGACUUCACCAAGACCGACGCCUACAAAUCCGGCACCAUCAUCUUGCAGGACAAGGCCUCCUGCUUCCCGGCCUACCUGCUCGAUCCGCGCCCGGAAGACGGCGACAUCAUCGACGCGUGCAGCGCGCCGGGGAACAAGACGACGCACCUCGCCGGCAUCCUGCACGAACGCGGCUUCGCGCGCGACCAACACAUCAUCGCGUUUGAGAAAGACAGGCACCGCGCCAAAACGCUCCAGAACAUGAUCAAGACCGCCGGCUCUGACUCGGUGACAGUCAUCCACCCGGGGCAGGACUUUCUCAAAACCGACCCGCACGCGCCCGAGUUCCGCCGCGUCGGCGCCCUCCUGCUCGACCCUUCCUGCUCGGGGAGCGGCAUCGUCGGGCGCGACGACACGCCAGAGUUCCAUCUCCCUUCUACUACAACUUCCUCCUCCUCUUGCUCCGCCUCCUCCUCAAGCAGCAGCAAACCCCCUCCCAACCGCAACCGCAAACGCAAACGGCCCCAGCAGCCCUCCUCCUCCUCAGACUCAUCCGGGCCAAACCCACCCACCACUACCACCACCAGCAGCAGCAGCAGCAGCACCAACACAGCAGCAGCAGCAGUCAUCCUAGUAGACGACGAAGGCAAUGAAACCCAGCUCACCAGCCCCCAAGCGCUGCAGGCGCGCCUCGCCGCGCUGGCCGCCUUCCAGCUGUCGAUCCUGCUGCACGCGUUCACCUUCCCCGCCGCCCGGAAGGUGACCUACUCGACCUGCUCGGUGCACGCCGUCGAGAACGAAGGGGUCGUGCUCCGCGCGCUGGGCUCGGACAUUGCGCGGCAGCGGGGCUGGCGCGUGCUGCGGCGCGCGGAGCAGGUGCGCGGCAUGCGGGAGUGGCCCGUCCGCGGCGACGGCCGGGCUUGUGGUGAUGAUGUGGUGGCGGAUGGCUGUGUAAGGAGUAGUAGGGAGGAUGGGAGGGGGGUGAUGGGGUUUUUUGUUGUUUGUUUUGUUAGGGAGGAGACGAAGAAGGAGGAGGCGGGGGAGGCGGGGGAUGAGGAAGGCCCGUACGUGAGGGAUGCGCAAGGGCGGAUUGUGCGGGAUGAGAAUGGGAUUCCGACGCUGAAGAGUACGGGGAGGAAGGCGGUUGAGUUGGGUAUAUCGGACAGCGAUCAGGAGGAGGAGGAGGAGGAGGAGGAGUUGAGGUUUGGGGGGGCUGAUGAUCAAGAGGGCCCGUUUGAGAGGGAUGCCGCGGGGCGGAUCGUGAGAGGGCCGGAUGGGAUGCCCAGGUUGAAGAAGGCAAAGACGGCGAAGGAAGAGGAUGAGCAAGAUAGGGACGAGUGGGGAGGGUUUGACGAUUAA